GCUCCCAGCCCCUCCAAACACAUCCAUCCUUCCUCAGCAGGGGAUUUUUCCAUUUUAUUUUCCCUCUCUGCGAAAUAGGAGAGAGGAUUCCUCAGUAAAACUCUCUGCACUGAAAUUUGGGCUGGGGGCAAGCGAGGUCACCCCCACAGGGACAGAGCAAUGCGGGGCUGAUCCAUGAUCUGGCUGCUCCUUAUUGCCGUGCCAAGGGGGUGCGGAACGGGGGUGCACCUCUGUGGGGGUGUCAGCGUGGGCAGGAGGAGCCCUGACCCUCCACAGAGCAUCUCAUCCCAGACAGCUCCGUCAUUCUCAUCCCAAGGCUCCGGGAUUACACCACUGCUGCUAAAAUCCCGUCUUCAUCCGCGCGGUGCCCAGCCAAUGACCUCGGCGCUGGCACGCAGGGCCUUCCUCCGCAGGGGAUCAGAGAUGAUAAAGCCCUCCCAGCCCCAGCUCGGCGUGCCGAGGUCUCAGUCUCAGUCUCAGCAAACCAUGGUGGAUGCUCCAAGGAUGAUGUCCAUGCACACGGAGAACGGGAUGGACAGUGAAAGCUUCGCCCAGAUCGACAAGUACCUGUACCACAUGCGGCUCUCCGAUGAGACCCUCCUGGAGGUGUCCCAGCGUUUCGAGAAGGAGAUGGAGAAGGGGCUGGGAGCAGAGACCAACCCCACUGCCUCCGUGAAGAUGCUGCCCACCUUCGUCAGGUCCACCCCAGACGGGACAGAGGAUGGGGAUUUCCUGGCGCUGGACCUUGGUGGCACCAACUUCCGCGUGCUGAGGGUGAAGGUGUCGGACAACGGGCUGCAGAAGGUGGAGAUGGAGAACCAGAUCUACGCCAUCCCCGAGGAGCUCAUGCGUGGCAGUGGGGUGCAGCUUUUCGACCACAUUGCUGAGUGUUUGGCCAACUUCCUGGACAAGCUGCAAAUCAAAGACAAGAAGCUCCCCCUUGGCUUCACCUUCUCCUUCCCGUGUCACCAGACCAAGCUGGAUGAGAGCAUCCUCGUGACGUGGACGAAGGGGUUCAAGUGCAGCAGCGUGGAGGGGAGGGACGUGGUGUCCCUGCUGCGCAAGUCCAUCAAGAAAAGAGGGGACUUUGACAUCGACAUCGUGGCCGUGGUGAAUGACACCGUGGGGACCAUGAUGACCUGUGGCUACGAUGACCACAACUGUGAAGUUGGCCUCAUUGUUGGUACCGGCACCAACGCCUGCUAUAUGGAGGAGAUGAGGCACAUUGACCUGGUGGAAGGGGACGAAGGUCGGAUGUGCAUCAACAUGGAGUGGGGGGCCUUCGGCGACGAUGGGGUGCUCAACGACAUCCGCACCGAGUUUGACCGUGAGAUCGACAUGGGCUCGCUCAACCCUGGCAAACAAUUGUUUGAGAAGAUGAUCAGCGGGAUGUACAUGGGGGAGCUGGUCAGACUCAUCCUGGUGAAGAUGGCCAAGGAAGGGCUGUUGUUUGGGGGAAGGCUCACACCGGAUCUGCUCACCACUGGCCAUUUUGAGACCAGAUUUGUCUCUGCCAUUGAGAAGGAGAAGGAGGGGCUGCAGAAAGCCCACGAGAUCCUGAGCAAGCUGGGCCUGGAGCCGUCGCACGAGGACUGCCUGGCCACGCUGCGCAUCUGCCAGAUCGUGUCCACGCGCUCGGCCAGCCUGUGCGGGGCCACGCUGGCCGCGGUGCUGCGCCGCAUCAAGGACAACAAGGGCGUGGAGCGGCUGCGCUCCACCGUCGGCGUGGACGGCUCCGUCUACAAGAAACACCCGCACUUUGCCCGUCGCCUCCACAAGACUGUGCGGAAGCUGCUGCCAGACUGCGAGAUCCGGUUCAUCCGCUCGGAGGACGGGAGCGGCAAAGGGGCGGCCAUGGUGACAGCAGUGGCCUACAGGCUGGCUGCACAGCACAAGGCCCGGCAGAAGAUCCUGGAGCCCCUGAAGCUGAGCCACGAGCAGCUGCUGGAGGUGAAGGGAAGGAUGAGGAUAGAGAUGGAGAAGGGGCUGGGCAAGGAGACGCACGCAGAGGCGACGGUGAAAAUGCUGCCCACCUAUGUGUGCUCCACUCCCGAUGGAACAGAAAAGGGAGAUUUCCUCGCCCUGGACCUGGGAGGAACCAACUUCCGCGUGCUGCUGGUGCGCGUCAGGAACGGGAUGCGGCGCGGGGUGGAGAUGCACAACAAGAUCUACUCCAUCCCUGUGGAGAUCAUGCAGGGCACGGGAGAGGAGCUCUUUGACCACAUUGUCCACUGCAUCUCCGACUUCCUGGAGUACAUGGGAAUGAAGGGCGUAUCGCUCCCGCUCGGGUUCACGUUCUCCUUCCCCUGCCAGCAGAACAACCUGGAUGAGGGAAUUCUCCUGAAGUGGACAAAAGGUUUCAAGGCGACGGGCUGCGAGGGGGAGGACGUGGUGGGCCUGCUGAAGGAGGCCAUUCACAGGAGAGAGGAAUUUGACCUGGACGUGGUGGCAGUGGUCAAUGACACAGUUGGCACCAUGAUGACCUGUGGGUACGAGGAUCCCUACUGUGAAGUUGGGCUGAUUGUCGGCACGGGCAGCAACGCCUGCUACAUGGAGGAGAUGAGGAAUGUGGAGCUGGUGGAAGGGGACGAGGGCAGGAUGUGUGUCAACAUGGAGUGGGGGGCCUUCGGGGACAGCGGGUGCCUGGAUGACAUUCGGACGGAGUUCGACCUGGCAGUGGAUGAGCUGUCCCUCAACCCCGGGAAGCAGAGGUUUGAGAAGAUGAUCAGCGGGAUGUACCUGGGGGAAAUCGUUCGCAACAUCCUGAUGGAUUUCACCAAGAAAGGGCUGCUCUUCCGGGGACGUAUCUCAGAGAGGCUGAAGACCAGAGGGAUCUUUGAGACCAAGUUCCUGUCUCAGAUAGAGAGCGACUGCCUGGCCCUGCUCCAGGUGCGCUCCAUCCUGCAGCACCUGGGCCUGGAGUCCACGUGCGACGACAGCAUCAUUGUGAAGGAGGUGUGCACGGUGGUGGCGCGGCGCGCGGCCCAGCUCUGCGGCGCCGGCAUGGCCGCCGUGGUGGACAAGAUCCGCGAGAACCGCGGGCUGGACUUCCUCAAAAUCACGGUCGGCGUGGACGGGACGCUCUACAAGCUGCACCCUCACUUCUCCACCGUCAUGCACGAGACAGUGAAGCAGUUGUCCCCCAAGUGCGAAGUGACCUUCCUGCAGUCGGAGGACGGCAGCGGCAAAGGCGCCGCGCUCAUCACGGCCGUGGCCUGCCGCAUCCGCGAGGCCGGGCAGCGGUAGAGGGAAGGAGGUUUGCCCAAGAGCUUGGUUUCAGCAAAACAGGACGUUUCCUCACCCAAUCCCUCCCUCUCUCUGCACACACUCACACACCCACGCACCCCCUCCCCUCCAAGCAGACUCGUAGCUUUACUUGUUCUCCAAGGCACCACGGUGGGACUGGAGACGCCGUGGGCUCUGUACAAAGUGUUGUCGUAGGAGUUUCCUUGCAUGCCAUAAAACCGCCUGUCGAGUAAA